GGACCUCACUGUGGAUUCACACCCAAGAGUUUUGUCGAAGACGGAGUCUGAACCGAACCCAGAGAGAACAAAUGCUGCAAAAAUGUGGAUGUUUACCUUUUUGGGAUGCGUGCGCGGCUCGUCGCUGUCGGGUGGGAAAGUGUUGAUAACGCUAAUCGGGAGUUCCGACUGAUUCCAGGUGCCCGUGAACGCAUCAUGUCCACAGCCAGCAGGCUCCAAAGAGAGAGUGCAACAUCUCAGCUACCCCCGGUGGUCCUCACUAGAGUUGGAGGAGGAAGAAAAGAGGGGAUGAGUGAGGGGUCACUCCAGGGGGACGCACAGGUGUGAUUCUCAGCCCAGCCGCUGUCGCCGUGGCAACCUGACAACCGGCCCAGUGGAUCUGCAGCCUCGGAUGUGACUGAGCUGUCAACGUUUCAUCACUAGGAAGCAACCCCCCAUCAUUUUUGGCUGCAUGGACGCGUCGUCAAAGUCGUGGCUGCCACAUCAGGGUCAGUUUGGUUUGGGUGGUCAAGUGGAAGUGUGCUGUGGCGGACCCGGCGUUUUAACCCCAAACCAAUCGCGCAGGGCAAGUUUUGCCUCUGUGCGACAGUCAAGCAUGGAAACUCCUCCCAACGCUACCCCACAGUCCUUCAGACAGCCGAGUUUCCUCAAUAGAAGGCUGAAGGGCUCCAUCAAGAGGGCCAAAAGUCAGCCCAAACUAGACCGGACCAGCAGCUUUCGACAAAUGAUUCUGCCCCGGUUCCGUAGCGCUGAUCAAGAGAGGACACGCUUGAUGCAGAGUUUCAAAGAAUCCCACUCCCACGAGUCGCUGCUCUCUCCCAGCAGCGCUGCCGAGGCUUUGGACUUGGUGCUGGACGAAGACGCCGUCAUAAAGCCGGUCCACUCCAGCAUUUUAGGACAAGAAUAUUGCUUUGAGGUGACCACAAAUUCAGGGACAAAAUGCUUUGCCUGUCGUUCUGCAUCAGAGAGAGACAAGUGGAUUGAAAACCUGCAAAGAGCCGUCAAACCCAACAAGGACAACAGCAGGCGUGUGGAAAACGUUCUGAAGUUAUGGAUCAUCGAAGCCCGGGACCUGCCGACCAAGAAGCGCUACUACUGUGAGCUGUGCCUGGACGACAUGCUGUAUGCCCGCACCACCAGCAAACCUCGCACGGACACCGUCUUCUGGGGCGAGCAUUUUGAGUUCAACAACCUGCCCACCAUUCGUAGCCUUCGGUUGCACCUCUACAAGGAGACGGACAAAAAGAGACGCAAGGAGAAAAGCACAUACCUUGGCCUGGUCAGCAUCCCCAUCUCCAGCAUCACGGGCCGUCAGUUUGUGGAGCAGUGGUACCCCGUCAUCCAGUCCAGCGUUUUGGCCAAGAGUGGCGGCGUUGGGAGCGGCAAAGUCAUCAACGCCUCACUCCGCGUCAAGUCACGCUACCAGACUAUGAACAUCCUCCCCAUGGAGCUGUACAAGGAGUUUGCGGAGUACAUCACCAACAACUACCGAACACUGUGUGCAGUCCUGGAGCCGCUGUUGAGCGUAAAGAGCAAAGAGGAAGUGGCAUUUGCCCUGGUGCACAUCCUCCAAAGCACCGGCAAAACUAAGGAGUUCCUCUCCGACAUGGCGAUGUGUGAGGUGGAUCGAUUCAUGGAGCGUGAGCACAUGAUCUUCCGCGAGAACACACUCGCCACGAAGGCUGUGGAGGAGUACCUCAAGCUGAUUGGUCACCGAUACCUCAAGGAAGGGAUAGGCGACUUCAUCCGAGCACUGUAUGAAUCUGAAGAGAAUUGCGAGGUGGACCCCAUGCGAGUCCCGCCGUCAGUCCUGGCGGACCACCAAGCUAACCUCCGCAUGUGCUGUGAGCUCUUACUCUGCAAGAUCAUCAACUCCCUCUGCAUUUUCCCUCGCGAGCUGAAGGAGGUGUUUGCCUCGUGGCGGGCCCGCUGCGCCGAGCGCGGCAGGGAGGACCUGGCUGACAGCCUCAUCAGCUCCUCGCUGUUCCUCCGCUUCAUGUGCCCGGCCAUCAUGUCGCCCUCGCUCUUCAACUUGACGCAGGAGUACCCGGUGGAGCGUACUUCGCGGACCCUCACACUCAUCGCCAAGGUCAUGCAGAACUUGGCCAGCUUCAGCAAGUUUGGGCCCAAGGAAGAAUACAUGUACUUCAUGAACGAAUUCCUGGAGAUGGAGUGGGGCUCCAUGCAGCAGUUCCUCUAUGAAAUCUCCAACAUGGACGCUGGAGGGAACGCAGGAGGCUUUGAGGGCUACAUCGACCUCGGCAGGGAACUGUCCAUGCUGCACAGCCUGCUAUGGGAGGUCAUGGGCCAGCUCAGCAAGGACGCCAUUCUCAAACUGGGUCCGCUGCCUCGGCUGUUGAAUGACAUCAGUGUGGCCCUGCGGAACCCUCAGCUACACGCCGCCACCAACCACCAACCCGAGCGGCCCAAGGACAGACUCUUCUCUCGGCCCACGUUCAAUCGCCUCAUGUCCUCCGACUUCCAGAGCCUGAUGAUGCGCGACUUAAACAGUUCCAUAGAUAUCAACCGCCUGCCGUCGCCCCCCACUGGUGUGUCGGCCGUUGAGUCUCUCUCGUCCAACCUCAACAUGAGGCGCCAGGCCGAACGAGACCUGCGCUCGUCCCGGGAGGUGUUCUAUGUCACCCGGCCUCCGCUGGCCCGCUCCAGCCCGGCAUAUUGCACCAGCAGUUCAGACAUCACGGAACCCGACCCCAAGGUUCACAGCGUGAAUAAAAGUGUGUCUAUGAUGGAACUCCAAGACUCACGCAUGAACAGCAUCUCCAACCUGAACUCCGUGGGGGACAUGCUCACGUCCUCGCAGGCCUCCAUCGCCGGCCUGGGCCACAGUUUCGGCAACUUGGGGGGCCCACUCCGAAUGGCCGGCCACCUGCCCAGCGGCUCGGCGGGCUCCGGCCUGAGGCUUAGCCAGAUUGGCCACAUCGGCGGCCCCACUGAGUCCAUUUCCCAGCAGCAGCAGCAGGCGGCGGCAGCCAUGCACUACCCGCUGUCCUUCCAGAACCCUCUCUUCCACCUGGCGGCGCAGAACUCCCCGGCCCAGCCCCCGCCGCCGCCCCUCCUGUUGGCCCCCGAGGCAGAGAACGGCCACCAUGACUAUACCCCGGCGUUUGGCAAUAACGUGUUCUCCCGCAGCGAGGACCUGUCGGCGCUGCGCUCUCAGAACAGCCUAGUUCAGCCCAGCAUCGUCCACUCACACAGCUACAGCGAUGAUUUCACCCGUCAGAAUCAGAACAAUGAUUUAGUUUGGCAUCAGCUCUCACUGCAAGUGCAGGAGUCCCUCCAGCAGCAGCACAUGAUGGGCGUCGCUUCUCAGACGCCCACCGGAACCGGCACGCCCGCCUCCUUGGCCACGCCGCCUACGACUGUCCACCCUGUGCGCCAGUCCUCCAUCGCCCCCCAGCUCCUCAAGUCCCAGCGCUCCGUCAACACCCCGGCCACGGCCACGCCGCCCAAGGCCCGACCCCAGAGCAGGAAUCUCCUAUUGGAGUCUACCGACGCAAACUGUUCAGGCCAAACAGCGGUUGCCACCGCCGAAGACUCGAAGGACACGCCAACCAAAAGCGGCAAAAAGUCGCAACAGUUGCAGCCUCCGCAGCAACAUCUGCUUAAGCCCCUUGGCAACAAACAGGGUUCCCAGUCCAACCUGAAUGAGCGCACGGUGGCCUGGGUGUCCAACAUGCCGCAUCUUUCCGCCGACAUUGAGAGUCUGAGGCCCGACCGCGAGGGCCAGCUUAAGGAGUACUCCAAGAGCAUGGACGAAUCCCGCCUGGAGAGGGUGAGGGAGUACGAGGAGGAGAUUCACUCCUUGAAAGAGCGCCUGAAGAUGUCCCAUCGCAAGCUGGAGGAAUACGAGCAGAGGCUCGCGUCGCAGGAGCAGCAGACCAGCAAGAUCCUGCAGCAGUACCAGUGCCGCCUGGAGGACAGCGAGCGGCGUCUUAAACAGCAGCAAGUGGAGAAGGACUCCCAAAUCAAAGGCAUCAUCAACAGACUCAUGGCUGUGGAAGAUGAGCUGAGAGGGGGUGCCAUUCCUGAUAUUAAGCCUCGAAUCCUCACAGACCAGUCUAUCUGCCAGGGCUAUGGGGGCCUCCCUGGAUCCUGACUGCCACUACGAAAGCGACCAGGAUCCGUGAUGGUCAUCCAAGUGUGAGUGCAGAAGCGCCAACCACUCCUCUUGAAGAUCUGCUUGCCAGUCAAGUAGGACCACACGCACCCAAGCUCCUUGUCGCUACCAAAACUUUUCAAAAAACUUCUGACAAUCACUUCACAGCGGAGACCAAUUUGUACAAAGACUCCGACUAGAGCCAACAUUCCGAGUUUCUUGCGCUAAACCUCCGAGGAUAUGAAGAUUCGGGGGAGUGGGGCUGUGUUUUCCAGGCUACAAGGCAGCACUUGGAAAAUGUAGAAGCACAAAAAAAAAAGUUUAGGAUCCUCCUCAAAUCUGAUCUGAAAGCCCAAUGUCACUAACUUUUAAUACAUGAGCGGUGGUGCGUUGGAUUUUUAUUUUAUUUUAUUUUUUAAAUACCACACAUCAAUCACUUUCAAGCCUUUCCACAAAGAGUCCAUGUAUCAUUAUUUUCCAUUUUCAAAUGGCAAUCAAUUGAUUUGUAAUUUGUAAAAUGGA